CUGUUCCAACCCCCGGGCCGUGUGCCAUGGGGGAAGCUUCAGAAAGUGGCAAGGAGCAGAACGAGGUUGUCGAUGUUGAAGUCAUCACUUUGGGGAAGAGAUUCAAAGUCAGCGAUGUGCCGAUUUCCAUGUUGGGGCGCGAUUUGCGCCGGAUGAUUUGUGCACGGCUUCCAGGGAAGAGCGGUGCACAUGUGGUGGUGCAACAUGGAUCAUCUCCAUUGUCACUGAACCAAAGCCUGGUGCAACAAGGAAUUGUUGAGGGCUGUGUAUCCCUGAGCUGUGUGUAUCUUCCAGUGAAUAUCGCUGCUGCUUGGCGCUUUCUCAAGGGAUACCAGGUGGACGAGGAGGAGUUUUCCUUGCAUGGAGUGACGCAACUUGAAGGAAUCCAAUCUGGAGAUCAGCUAAUGAGAUUACCAAACACUUUGAAAAGAUUGGCUUUCGCAGAUGGUUUUGCUGACAACUUGGAUCUAGAUAUCUUACCAAGCAGUCUGCAAAGCUUGACUCUUCCCGAUGAGUUUGAUCAGAGCUUGGAUCAUGUUAAUCUGCCCAUUGGCCUUCGAAACUUGACCUUCGGCCAACUGUUCAACCACAGAAUAGAUCACUUGACCUUGCCGUCCAGCCUUCAAAACUUGACGUUUGGAUGGAAAUUCAAUCAGAGCUUGGAUCAUGUAGAGUUCCCAGUUGCACUCCAGCGCUUGUGCCUAAGGGGUGACUUUAAUCAGAGUAUGGACCAAGUGAAGUUGCCUGGUUCCUUACUGAGCCUGCACUUCAGUCCCAUGUUCAACCACAGCAUGGAUCGCGUGAACUUGCCAACUGGUCUUCAAAGUUUGACCUUUGGCACCAGAUUCAAUCAAAGCCUGGAGCCUGAACAUUUGCCGAGCAGUCUCCAGAAUUUGACCUUGGGCGGGAGGUUUGACGAGACCUUGGAUCAGCUCAGGCUACCAGCGUCCCUCCAAAGUUUAACCUUUGGUGCUGAGUUCAACCAUCCUAUUGAGUCCAAGCUGCCAAGACUGCAGAGCCUAAAUUUUGGUGAUGCCUUUGACCAACACUUGGAGCUUGGGAAUUUGCCAUCCAGCCUCAAGAGCUUGAGCUUUGGCGAUGAGUUCAACCAGCCAUUGGACCCAGGAGUUUUGCCCAAUAGCCUGCAACAUUUGGCCUUUGGCAAAGAGUUUAACCAACCCAUGGAGCGGGUGAAUUUACCUUCCGAACUCCAAAGUUUGGUCUUUGGUGAUAGAUUUAACCAAGCAGUGUCUAAAGUGCAGUGGCCCAGUGGCCUGAAAACUUUGACCUUUGGGAGCCGCUUCAAUCAACAGCUGUCUCAGUUGCCACAAGGCCUGCAGUCUUUGACUUUUGGAAAUAUGUUCAAUCGCAGAUUGGAUCAGAUUCAGCUGCCCGAUAGCCUUGAGACUUUGAUCUUGGGUACCCUGCACAACAUCGUCAUGGAGAGGGUGGCGUUGCCCACUGGUCUGCGUCAUCUAUCCUUUGGCCAUGGCUUCACUCGAAAGUUGGAUGGAGUGAAGCUGCCCCAAGGACCGCCCAACGGGGCUAUCAGCGGCAUACCAGUGGCUACCAGGGCUGUCGCAGUCAGUUUUCUUUCAGGAUGAUGGGGAUGGUUUUUGUGUCCAAGGGUAACCCCUGACAUACCCAUCAUCCAGGACUGCAGAGUCUCUCCUUUGGAGCCCUCUUCGUUCAUUUGGGGACAGUGAAUCUGCCAAAUGAUCUCCAGGUUUUAUCCCUGGAUGCCGAUUGCAGCGAGAUCUUGUGCCGCGGAAUCCCCCUACCCAACUUGAAGCGAUUGAAUCUGGCCUUCCCUUGGUUCACUGGCGACCUGAGUCAAAUCGAUUUGCCGAUCCAUCUACACGAACUCCUUUGUGAAGGUCUCUUUGUGAGCUGCGUCGAGCCUUGAUGGGCCUCGCUGUGUGCGAGCAAAAUGGGAAGACCGGGAAGACCUUGCUAAUGGUUGGAAGAUGUUGGAAGAUGCUUCUGAACGCAGGAUUCGUAAUUCUUCGGGGUUCAUCCUUUGUUCGGAAGGUGUAGCCAACUCUUAAAACCGCCAAUGGCUCUGAUGCCCAAGCAUAACUGGAAAA